AUGUCGACUGCCAAGUUCGAAUGGCACCCUGCCAAACUCCUAGAGGAUCAUGACAGUUUCCAAGACUUCGCUCUGUUGGUUCUGAACCAACCGUUGAAGAAUGGUGCCAUCCUUCGCAGACUAUGGAAGAAUUCAAAGCUCCGAGUCGCCGCAGAUGGCGGUGCCAACCGCCUCCAUCAGCUUUCAUCUUUCCAGGGAAAAUUCUCGAAUCUGCAAGCUAUAAUUGGGGAUCUCGACUCGUUAUCCCCUUCAGUGCGAGACUUCUACUCGUCACAACCUACCCCUGCAGAGGUCAUCCAUGACACCGACCAGGAAUCGGCUGAUUUUGGAAAGGCCAUCCGUUGGAUCAGGAAAACACAACCCAAUGCUCUGGACAUUGUCACACUAGGUGGUAUCGGCGGCCGUGUCGACCAGGGUCUUAGCCAACUUCACCACCUCUACUUGUUUCAGUCGGACCCUGAGUAUGCCGCUGGCCGGAUAUACCUCCUAUCUGGAUCGAGUUUGACAUUUCUGCUGAAAUCCGGGACACAUAGCAUUUACGUUAAGGAAGAUGGUGAGGAUGUUGUCUUUGGAAAGUAUGUUGGAAUUAUCCCCUUGCAGGAGCCUAGUCGGAUUACCACCAAGGGAUUGGAGUGGGAUGUAACGGAUUGGGAAACGAAGAUUGGCGGAAACCUCAGCACUAGCAAUCAUGUACUGCCUCACACUAAGUGUGUCGAGAUUGAAACCACGAAAGAUGUGUUGUUCACCAUAUCACUUCGUCCCGUGGACGGGGAGGACGAAUCGUAA